AUGAAGACCAAGUGCUGUAGUCGACUUGGGUUUUGCUCCAAGACAACCAUCUAUACCUUUCUGCUUGGAGGAGUGUUUAUUGCGCUGGGCUCGAGUCGAAUCCUCCUGAUGAAGUAUUCUGCCAAUGAAGAUAACAAAUAUGAUUACUUACCUACAACAGUGAACAUCUGUUCCGAAGUAGUAAAACUGGUCCUGUGUGUGGUAUUGGCACUAUGGGUUAAGAAAAAAGAGGGUUGUUUGGAUCAUCCCUUUGAAUGUCUUUCCUGGAAGAAUUUUUGUAAUACUAUGAAAUGGUCAAUUCCUGCCUUUCUUUACUUUUUGGACAACUUGAUUGUCUUCUAUGUACUGUCCUACCUCCAGCCAGCAAUGGCUGUUCUCUUCUCAAAUUUUGUAAUUAUAACGACAGCUCUUCUCUUCAGGAUAGUACUAAAGCGAAAACUCUCUUGGGUACAAUGGGCAUCUCUGGUGAUUUUAUUCCUGUCCAUCGUUGCCUUGACUCUAGGAACUGGAGGCCAUCAGCAAAGCUUGGCUGUACAUGGAUUUCAUCACAAUAUGUUUUUUAGUCCAUCUAACCACUGCCUUCUCUAUGCCAGACCUGAGGAAGCUUGCUUGGAAAAGGGCAACUGCGUAGCACCAAGUUUUCUUCCCAACUUCCAGUGGAACGUCACCAGUACCAUGGCAGGAGCAUUGAAACCUCUCCGCCUCAGCCUGGGCCAUCUGCUUAUUAUAGUGCAGUGUUUCAUUUCUGCCCUGGCUAACAUCUACAACGAAAAGAUCUUGAAAGAUGGGGAUCAGCUUGCUGAAAGCAUCUUCAUGCAGAACAGCAAACUCUAUGCCUUUGGGGUGCUGUUCAAUGGGCUUAUGCUGGGGUUGCAGGCUAAGGACCGGAGGCAGAUAGGGAACUGCGGCUUCUUUUAUGGGCACAAUAUCUUCUCAGUGGCUCUCAUAUUUGUCACAGCUUUCCUGGGGCUGUCUGUAGCCUUCAUCUUGAAGUUUCGAGACAAUAUGUUCCACGUUAUGACGGCUCAGAUCACCACUGUCAUCAUCACUGCCGUCUCUUUCGUCAUCUUUGACUUCAGGCCUUCUCUAGAGUUCUUUUUGGAAGCUCCUGUAGUGCUUCUCUCCAUAUUCAUCUAUAAUGCCAGUAAAUCAAGAGGCUUGGAAUAUGCCACUCUGCGGGAAAGGGGCAAACUUGUCAAAGCAGAUGCAUGGGAGAGGUCAAGUGGGGAUGGAGAAGAAUUUGAGAGACUGAACAAACCAAGCAGUGACAUCGAUACAGAUGAAGAUUCCCUCUAGCAUGAGGCUGGCUCAGAGGAGUGCUAUUACUCAUACUGAGAGAAUG